AUGUGCCAGGAUCACACAGAGUCUGGGGCCCUCACUUUCCUCCCACCAGAUGAUGCUCAGGCUGGGAAGGCACCGAGACCGCAGCAGAGUUGGCCAGGGGGCAGUGAGAGGAGGGGAGGUGGGUGGGGCAGGGCUGGGGCACUGGAGGAGCAGGUUAGGCGGGGCCUGUCAGCCCAGGGGCACCCCAGGACUCAAACCUACAGCCGACCCCGCUCUCCUAGGCCUCACUGCAGCUGUGGGAAGGGGAAGCAUGGAGCCCUCCCUCAAGGUCAGUGCAGCACCUGGCUUCAGCUCACGACAGUGACCAUCCCCUGCUGCCACCAUUGCAGUCACUGCCCUGGUGGGCAGCCUGGACCCCAGCUCCACUGCACAUGGACGGUGUGGCCUUGGGCAGUGCUGAGCUCGGCCUCACGGGCCUGUGGGGAAGGUCACAGGAGGUCCACGUGCCAGGCCCGGCUUUAAUGCACAGGGUUACCACCACUGCAAGGUUGCCUGCCCCGUCUUGUACCCGGCCGUCCAUGCCCUCAUCUCAGGGGGCAGGACAAUGGCAAGUGGGACUCAGAGGGGAGAGAGAGGACAGAGUCCCCUGAAGCCCUAUCCCCAGGACCAGUGCCAAGAGAGACCUCAGAGGAGGGACCUGGGAGUGGCUGGUUCCAGUCCCCACACUCUGAUGGGAAAGCUGACCCCGGGUGA